UCCAAGCAUAAUAUAAAACCUAAUCGGCACUUGGCCUUGUCCUUCUUAGCUUCCUCCUUCAGGUAUAGCUGAACCGGCAGUAUCGGAGGCUAGGAACGAACCCACCUGCUUUAAUUAAGCUAGCUUCCGUUUCCACCACCAGAUCUAUCGUUCUCCUUCAUCUUCUUCUUCUAGCUAGCUUCUUGUUGUUGAUCUUAUUAGAUCUGAGAGAGAAAGAUGGGGAGGGGGAAGAUCGUGAUCAGGAGGAUAGACAACUCGACGAGCAGGCAGGUGACCUUCUCCAAGAGGAGGAACGGGCUGCUGAAGAAGGCCAAGGAGCUCUCCAUCCUCUGCGAUGCGGAGGUCGGCCUCAUCAUCUUCUCCAGCACCGGCAGGCUCUACGAGUUCUCCAGCACCAACAUGAAAGCUGUGAUCGACCGGUACGGAAAGGCAAAAGAUGAUCAGAUCAGCAUGAUCAAUGCAACUUCAGAACUUAUGCUCUGGCAAAGGGAGGCAGCAAGCUUGAGGCAACAACUGCACAACUUGCAAGAAAGCCACAAGCAACUAAUGGGAGAGGAGCUUUCAGGCCUAGGUGUGAGGGACCUCCAAAGUUUAGAGAAUCGUCUUGAAAUGAGCCUACGUAGUGUCAGAAUGCAGAAGGACCAUCUUUUGAAAAGUGAUAUUGAAGAGUUACACAGGAAGGGUAGAAUGAUUCACCAGGAAAACAUGGAACUGUGUAGAAGAGUAAAUAUCAUGUCGCAACAAAAAAUGGAACUGCAUAGAAAGCUCCAGGCCAGUGAACCAAGAGAUGUUGCUGAUGCAAAUACAAGCUCUAGCACUCCCUACAGCUUUAGUAUUGCACAAGAUGCAGAUGUUCCUUCCAAUCUUGUGCAGAGACAAUCACACCAAAAGGAGGGGGAGCACUGCAAAACAGGGGCUCCAGAACUGGGGCUUCAACUGCACUAAAAAAUGCAGUGAAAGCUGCAAAACAGUGUGGCUUUUCACCGAUUCACACAUGCGGAGCACUUGUGGUUGCAAUAAGUAUUUUGUGAAAUAUACCGAGUGGAAAACUGGCUUGUGUACAGACUACAUAUAGAACCAAUCAUGUUAUCUGAUGCCCCACUGUAUUGAAAACGACUUAUUGGUCAUUGUAACAACUAAUAUGGUAUACUUGAUUAUUGUACUGUUGUUGACUUUGAAGAUAAUUCUGCAAAAGGAUGGUAACAAAGAAAGAAUGCCAGUAAACAUCA